UUGUGAUUUGAUUUAAUAUUAUGCUAUAAAACCAGUAUGGAAUCCAUAACUUUUUAAUAUCAAAUUAAAUAUACAAUCAAAUUUCGACCUUCAGAAAAAAUACAAACUCCAAAGGAGUUAUAAUCACUUUUCUCCCUUUGUGUUUCUUAUUGAACUCAUUUGACAUUUGAUAAGACAUAUGUAUCAUAAUUAUGUACAUACAGGUGACAUCCAGAACUUUUCCUAGAAUGUCCCACAAGGUCAUAUCAGCUGACAAUGCUACAGUUGUCAUCCAAAUAAAUCCACAGGUGGCACAAGACAGUGUUAUUUCUGAUGAUGGACAAGAUGAAAUAUAUCAUAAUAGGGUUCUUAAAGGAUUUCUCAAAGUACAACCAAAGUCACUGGGGAUUGUCCAGAUAAUGAUUGGAGUGGUCACCUUUUUAUUUGGUAUUGUACUCACCAUCAGUGUUGACAGAUUCAGUAAUAUUUCUGUCUAUAGUGGCAUAACCUACUGGGGAUCUCUCAUUUACAUCAGUGCUGGCUCUCUGUCUGUUGCUGCAGAGAAUAAAGUCCAUCCAUGUUUGGUGAAAGCCUCUCUUGGAAUGAAUGUGUUCAGUGCCAUAACUGCAGGGUUAGCCAUUAUUCUGAUGUCCAUAGAAAUAGCAACUGGGCCACUGAUCUAUCGAAAUUGUUAUCUUGAUUACAGUGACAGUCACUAUGAACAGUCACUUUGUUCAAAUUUUGAGAUUCAUAGUCAGGGGAUCAGUGGAAUAUUUCUGGUGUUCUCCAUUCUUCAGUUCAUCAUCUCUAUCUGCAUCUCUGCAUUUGCCUGCAAAGCCACCUGUGGCAGAGACUCUACAGUGGUCAAUGUUUUACUAAACCAGAGGGAUGCUGAGUCACAGUGAGGAAAUCCUACAGUCCAGAGUCCUUGUGAUGUCUUAAAUAUGUUUAAUACUAUAAUACUAUACUAUAAUACUAUAGUCUUUUCUGGUGUUACAGGCUUCUGAACUUCUGAAAAAAAAAAAAAAAAAAGUAUCAGUAACAGAGCAAUAACAUUUGUAUAUGGCCACAUAAAAUAUGUAAAUAUGAUGUGGAGAUAAAGUUUGUACUUAUUUUGAAUAUUCGUUGUUCAGCCAAGACCCAAUAUUUUGACAUGUAUUUUUCUUCUCAAAUGUUUGGACCAAAGGUUGUAUUCUUGACCAAUGUUCUCAGUGAGCUGAAUAUAUCCUGGACUUGUAUGUUUAGUCUGUAGUGAUACACAUAGUUGUGCAAAGUGUACACACAGACACAAAAAGUAGUUUUUGUUUUGUUUUUUAACUCUCUUUUAACCUUUUCCUAAAAGAUAGGUAGACCUAUAACAAUGCACAGAAUGAUGACACUUGUUUGUUCUUAUUCCUCUUUGUUCUUAAAGGGAUAGUUCAGCCCAAAAUUAAAAUGUUCUUAUCAUUUACU